AUGAAUGGCGAGUCUUCAAAUUCAUCCGGGGUUCUUGGUGACGUAUCGGUCGAGUCCACUUCGACGACUCACGCCCACCCGUCUCGAUUUCGUACCAAAACACAGACGGAAUUCCAAUCGAUCACCACCGUCGAGCCGAUGUAUGAGUAUCCGACCGAAAGCGUCCCAUUAGAAAUGUCAUUUGAAGAACAUGAGAAAACCGAGGCCUCAGAUUGCUCAUACACCAUUGGACCGGUAAAACAGCCUAUCCCUCCUGAUGUAAAGAAACCACGAUUCGAAUAUGUGAAAACAUUCAAAGAAGACAUGGAAUCUGGGGUGCACAGUCCGAUCAAAGCGGAACCGGAAGUAUUCGACGACGUGGAACAGUAUGAGAAUGUGGAUUUGACCAAAUCCGAGGACAUGACUGAAGAUUUGGCAAUGCAAAUUCCAACACGUUGCUCGACAUCAGAGAGUGAAACGAGACUAACGGGUCAGCUGGUGAUCGGUCUGGAAAACCAGAUGCGCACUGCUGUUUUUGUCAACAUUCUCGAACGACCACUUGUGGUCGAGUCUCACGUGGAUGUGGAUGAAUCACCUGCCAAACCGUGCUUUGCUACAGCUCAUCCUACAAAACAGUGCCGAAAACACAGGGCAGGGACUGCUCAAUCAAGUCGGGCUGGUCAACCUGUCGAGUCCGACCAGAGUGGAACAAUUCAUGUUGUUCACUGCAUUUGUCAGUAG